AUGUCAUCAUCUUGUCACACUUCGGGUCAAAAAUACUAUCGCAAGAAAUCGAGAACUCCACCAAGGAGAGGCCAAGGGCAUGAUGCUAUGGGAAAGGCUCUCCUUCAGAUAUCUCGCUCCCCAUUUUCUCAAUUUAUUGGGCAAGCCGAGCUCUCCCGUUACUUUAACCAACCUACUUUCACCAUCUACAAUGGUAAAACCAAUCCUGUCAAACACAUAAGCCAUUUUAACCAAAGGAUGGCCAUUCACUCAAAGAAUAAAGCCUUGAUGUGCAAGGUCUUCCCUUUGAGCCUUAGUCAGGUUGCCAAGAGGUGGUUUGACAUCCUUAAGGAAGGGUCAAUAUAUUCCUUUGAUGGAUAUUUUGAGGACAUCACGGUACGAACCUUUAAAGUAGGUCUUCCUACACAUUCCAACCUAUGGAAGUCACUUACCAUGAAACCAACUUGGGGUAUGCAUCAAUUGAUAGAUCGGAUUGAGGAGCAUAAAAGGGUUGAAGACAACCAGAGCUCUAGUAAGGGUAAAGCAAAGGUUUUCACCUCUGAUCGAAGGGAUAAUUCGACAGGCCGGUUUGCGUCUUCCCAAUUGAGGAGGGAGUUUCAUAGUCAAACAUCCCAUAAUGUCGUUGGUCCUCAAGCGGUGAACUCGAUGUUUAAAGAACUGAUAUAUCAAGUACUAGAGAAGAUUAAGCAUGAGCCCUACUUCAAAUGGCCAAAUAAGAAAAGAGGAGACUCGGCUAAAAGAAACUAG